AUGCCCCGUCUCCUAAUCGCACCCGCCCUUAAGGUCGACGCCGAGGCCAUCCACCGCCUCGACACCCGCAACUCCCAAAACCUUUUCAGCGUGUGGACUGCACCUUCGGGCCCGGCCGGCGGCUGGCGCUGGAACUUCAACCGACAGCCGGGUUAG